AUUAGAUAUUAUAUAUGUAUCGAUACAUUAUUUGCGCUAUCUAGCUAGUAAUUCAAUUGCAACCAUGACCCCACCCCUGUUUGGUGUAUAUACACACACACAUAUAGGAUACAUGAUCUUAAUAAGGUAGUUUCCGCAAGAAUCUUCAUCAUUAAAUUCUUCCAGCUGGGGCAUUGAAUCAUCCCUUCCUUUCAACAUGAGACAUGAUUGGCAAGACAUGCUCCUUUUAGAUGUUCUUCCCAAAGAAGCAAAAGAGUCAUCAUCCAACAUUGAUCAGUCCAUAUCUACUACUAGUACUACUGGUGCUAUUAAAGAUGAAGAGGUUUCUUGCCAUUCCUGUGAAGCUGCAGAGACUCCCAAACCCAACACCAACAACAAGGAGAAGGAGAAGGAGAAGAUGAAGACGACGAAAUCAUUGUACAGAGGGGUUCGGAGUAGGCCGUGGGGGAAGUACGCGGCGGAGAUAAGGGAUUCUACGAGAAAAGGGGUUAGGGUUUGGAUUGGAACGUUUGAUAGCGCAGAAGCUGCGGCCUUAGCCUAUGACCAAGCUGCAUUAGCGUUGCGAGGCUCAUCCGCGGUCCUCAAUUUUCCGGAGGACGUGGUGAGGGAGUCCAUGAAGGAGAUCAAGUUUUGUUCUGAAGAUUGUGUGGGUUCUCCUGUUCUAGCCUUGAAGAGAAGACACUCCAUGAUGAAAAGAAAAUCAAGCAAUAUGAGCUGCCGCAGGAAAGCAAUUGGUAAGGUUGUGGUGUUCGAGGAUUUAGGAUCCGACUACUUGGAACAACUUCUCACCUCUUCUUGUGAAUAUUGAUGAAAAAUCAUCAAUCUAGCUAGCAUCAUCACUUGAUUGCAUGAUUUGUAAAUGAAUCCAUCCAUCAUUUUUCCUUUCCUUCUUUGAUUUGUUUCUCUUAUUUGUUCAUCUAUGAUCACGUUGUUUGUUUGUUUGUUUUCUUAUUUUGUGCUGGAAAGAUGGCACCCUUCUCUCUAGCUACAAUGAUUCUGAAAAAAAAGGUGAAAAAGAUUCGUUAAAUUUGCU